AUGCGACAAAUAUAUACGUCACCAACUUUAGCACCUCAUCAACCAACUGUUCUAACUAAUUUGCUAAAUUCUUCAAUAACAUCAUCAAAAAAUAGUAUUAUACCUCCGAGAUUAUCAUUUCAUCCAGAUUCAUUUCGUCAUUAUAUAAGUCAACAAAUAAUUCUAAAACCAAUACGUGGACGUGAAUUAUUUAUACGUUCAAUACGUCGUAUAAUUGAACAAAUUCGUGAUAAAAACCAACGUACAAAAAAUGAUCAACAAUUAUUUUCAACAUAUGAAGAAGCAAUAAAUAUUUUUAAUGAUUUAACAUUUAUGAAAUGUAUUUUAUUUAAAAAAAAAUUAUUAGAUUCAAAUAAUCGAGCAUGGACAAUUGAAUUUGCACGUCAAGGUGGUUUACAUACAUUACUUGCUUAUCUUGAACAAAUUAUACAUAAAGGUUUAUCACUUGUUGAUGCUAUACUUGUUAAUGAAACAUUACAAUGUCUUCGUGCUAUGAUGAAUAUUAAUGAAUUAUUCGAACAUAUUGCAUCAAAUCCACAAUAUAUUGAUUCAAUAGCAAAAAUUUUAAGUGUUCCAUCAGCUGAAAUUCGUAUGCGUGUAUUUGAAUUAUUAACUGCAUUAUGUGUUUAUUCACAAGAUGGUUAUGAAUUAGUUCUUAGAGCAUUACAAGAUUUUCAGACAAAUAAUAAAUUAUCAAAUGUAUUUGCUGUUAUUCUUGAACAACUUAAAUUUGCUGUUAUGGCUAAACAUAAAUGGUCAGCUAUUGCUUUACUCAAUAGUAUUUUAUCAUCAACUGAAGAAAUUGAAAAACGUCUUUCUUAUAGAAAUAUACUUUAUUCAAAUGGUAUAAUAUCAAUAUUAGAACAAGCACAAAAUGAUAAUAAUAUUGAUCUUAAUUUUCAAAUUGAUAUUUUUUUUGAAGAUCAAAAACAUGAUGAAGAAGAAUUUUUAGGAAAUUUUGAUUCCAAUGAUAGUCAAGCUGUUUAUCAAGCUAUUCAAUUACAAUUAGCACCUAAUUCAAAUGAAUCAGCUCUUUUUCUCACACCAAUGCAACUUUUAUAUUCAACUUUAGCAUCUUCAAAUUCCAAUGAACGACAGAAAAUUCUUCAACAUCUUCUUCAAUCUCUUUCUCAACCAAUAGAAAAAAAAAUGAUUAUCGAACAAGCAUCACAAACAGAUGUAAUUCCUGAAUUCGAUAUUAAAUCUUCCUCUACUUAUCAACAAGUUCCAACAAUUACUCCAGUCAUUACAAAUGAAAAAUCCCUACAAAAACCUUACGAUACUUCCAUAUUAAUCAAUACAGAAAAAUCCAUUGAUAAUAAAUCUCCUUCAAAUGAACUAUUUGUUCGUCCUCCACUUCCGGCUAAUAUACAAAUAGACUCUUCUCCUAUACCAAUAUCACGAAACGGCACAAAAAUACCGCCGCCGCCACCCUUUCCAGGAGGACUACUACCACCUCCUCCACCACCACUACCAGGCUUUUCAGGAGGACCAUCCCCUCCACUACCGCCAUCAUUUCCAGGCGGACUACCACCACCUCCUCCGCCAUCACUGCCAGACUUUUCAGGAAGACCACCACCACCACCACCACCAGGCUUUCUCGGAAGGCCUCCACCGCUAGGACAAUUUAGUGGGAAAGCACCUGUUGCUGGCCUUUCUGUUUUAGUUGAUAGUAUUCCUAAACCAAAGGGCAAAGUGCGACGAUUACAAUGGAAGAAAUUACCGCAAACUAUUCUUGCUACUAGUCAAUUUUGGAUGGAUGUUAAUAAAAAAGUUGAUACACAGAUUAAUUUUUCACAACUUGAAAAUUGUUUUAAAGUUAAUAAUGAAAAUAGUAAUAUAUUAUUACAAACGAAAAAUAAAGCAACGAAUAUUUUAUCUCAUAAUCGAUCAAUUGCUAUAAAUGUUUUCUUAAAAAAAUUUAAUUUUACUGAAGUUCAAUCAUUAGUUCAAUCUCUUCAAGAUUCAAAAUCAAAUCUUAAUAAUGAAUGUCUUCGUAUGUUACUCAAAGUUUUACCCAAUGAAGAUGAAAUUAAUCUUAUUCAUGAUCAUCCACGAGAAAAUUGGACAUUACCAGAAGAAUUCAUUCAUGAAAUUAGUUCAAUUUCAUAUUAUGCAUUUCGUGUUCAAACACGUAUUCUUAUUACAGAAUUUGAUGAAACAUUUGAUGAUUUUAAACGAAAAUAUGAAAGUAUUAUUAGAGUAAUCAAUUUUCUACAACAUAAUUCAUCUAUUAAACAAUUAGCUCGUUCACUUCUUUCAAUUGGAGAUUUUCUUAAUUAUGAUUCAUAUGCUGGUAAUGCGGUUGGUUUUCGACUUGAUAUUCUCAAACAACUACAUGAUAUUCGUACAAGUGAAAAUAAAAAUUUACUUGGUGUUCUUCUCGAAAGUUCACCAGAAAAUUUUAAAUUUAUCGAUAACCUUAAACCAUUAAUUGCCGAUGAUAUACAAUUAAAAUUAGUAAAAUCAGAAUAUAUGGAUUGGAAAAAUAAGAUUGAUAAUGGUCUUAAACAAAUAAAUUCAAUUGCAGAUAAACAAAUCAUUGAACAAUAUAAACCAUUUUAUGAACAAUCAAAUAUAAAAGUAAAUCAUAUUCUUGAACCAUUAGUAAAUCAAUGUGAAAAACAAGAACUAGAAUUAAUGAAAGAAUUUGGUGAAACAGAUUUAAGUGAAUUUAAUUAUGAUAUAUGUUGUAUGAUAUUUCGACAAUUAAUUGAAAAAGUUGAAAAAGAAAUAAAAGAACAAGAAAAACGUUUAACAUCGAAUAAAAUAUUAUUAAAUUCAACUAAAUUAGAACCUCAAAAACUUAUUUUAACUAAUGAUAAUAUGAAUAAAUUAACAGAUAAUCAUUUUAUGGAUUCAAUUAUGAUAGAACUUAAACAAAAAAAAUUUUCUACAGUACCAGCUAGACGACGUCGACUGCGUCCAGAUCUUACAGAUCUUAAUGAUCGAGAAUAUAAAUAA